CUCCAGCCCCUCUUCGCAGCCGCCGGCACGUGAGCCCAUCGCUGUGGGUGCCGGGCGCCCACCCGGUGCCGCGGUGCCAGCGCCAAGGAUGCCCGUCGAGGCGCUGCAGGCUGGCGACGCCAUGAAGGGGGUGCCGGUGCCGGCGCCCUUCACCUCGGCCAUGCCCAUCCGCAUCCUCCGCAAGGGCCCGGCUUAUUUCCGCCGUGGUGCUGAGCCGGGUGCCGGGAAGCCCAGCGCGGUGGAGAGGCUGGAGGCCGACAAGGCCAAGUACGUGAAGAGCCAGCGGGUCGCCAGCACCAAGCAGGAGCCGGUGAAGCCGCCGCUGCUCAAGCAGCCCCUCUUCACACCGGGGGUGCGCCGGGCUGUGCUCACCCCCAGCCGCAGGGCACCGCCGGGGCCGCGCUGCGCCGAGUCUGGGGGCACCAAGACCUGCCUUGACCUGGAGAUUCUCAACAACCUCAUCAACCUCUGCGACAGCCCCUUCCCCAAGGCGGAGAACCCGCUGGGCAGGGACUGCAAGUGGAGGGCGGAGGUGCCGGCGCCGCGGUGCAGUGGGGCGGAUGGUGCUGGCAAACCACCGGAGAGCCCCAUUGCCACCAAGCCCCCCGGCAGCGUGGCCGUGCGGAGGGUGGACGUGCGUCCCUGCGGGCCUCCGCGGGGGCCGGUGACACCGAUGACACCAGUGACACCAGUGACACCAGUGACACCGGUACCUGCAUCCCCCAUCCCCGGUGCGCUGCCGGCGACCCCGGCACGGAGCUCGCCCGCCCGCCCCGAGAGCGCGCGCCGGCAGCCGGUGCUGCACCGCUCCAAGUCGGACCUGAGCGACCGUCUCUCGCGGGCCACCGCCGACCUGGAGCGCUUCUUCAACUACUGCGGCCUGGACCCCGAGGAGGUGCAGGACAUGGGCGCCGAGCACUUCGCCCGCGCCAGCUCCGACAUCGUGUCCCUCAAGUUCCACAGCGUGAGCACGGCCAGCUCGGAGGGCGGCCGCUCGCCGCCCAGCGCCGCCACGCCGGAGGGGCGCCCGCCCGAGCGCGUCCCCUACGGCAUCUCCGUCAUCGAGCGCAACGCCCGUGUCAUCAAGUGGCUGUACGGGCUGCGCCAGGCCAGGGAGCACCAGCAGGUCUCCAACGUGUAGCAGUGCCGCGGUGGUGAUGGGCACCGGGAUGGGUUGCUCAUGGAAGGCAGGGAUGGACAUGGAGAAGCAGGAACCUCUCGGUGGGGACAGGACCCUUGAACUCAGCCGCUCUUUGCUUCCCUGUCCCUGUGCCACAGUGGUUGGUGUGGUGGCCGGGCAUCCAUCCCACUGGCUCUGGCUCCAUCAGACCCUUGUGCCACCACUGGAGAGCCAGGUCACUACGACUCCAUGGCAGGGCAAAGGACACUCAUGUCCGUGGGUGCAUGGCGGGUCCCCAACACCUUCCCAUUGCCCACUUCCAUGGGAGCCUGUGUGUGGUCACCCUGCCUGCCCUGCUCCUCGCCUGCACCCAUGGGUGGGGGAUAAGGAGCUGGUCCCCCCUGCACAGAGCCCCCUGAGGGGGCCACGCUGCCCGAGGUGGGGGCUGUAUCCUGGGGACCCCCAUUUUAAUGGUCUGGGAGGAGCUGAGUGCUUCGUGGGGUGAGUGCAAAUGUGACCCCCCCUCUUUGAGCAGCCCAGGGCUCUGUGUGUGUGUGAGUGUUUGUGAGUGCCCACGUCCCCUCCCGGGACACGUCUGCUAUUUAUGACGAUGACAGUUGUUGGUCUUUUCCUCAUUUCUACUGUUUUUCCUGAUGUUUGAUCUGUAAAUAAUGAUAACAACAACAAUGCAGAUGGUUUUAUUAAAUCUCUGUGCUUUGGA